ACGAAAACCACAAAAAAACAUAACACAACCAAAGCUUAUUACAGGCUUACAUCAACAUGACUGUAGAGUAGUUUUCAGACACAUCAAAUUAAUUUUAACCACUCCAUCACCUAAAUGAACGCCGUCUCAUUUAUAGCUCUGUCCAAAUAUUUGAAGAUCAUCAACUACCCUUCCUCUCUUUAUUAUUACUCUACUCAUCGUCUAUGCCGCGACCCUCUCUCCCCCUCGUCUCUCUCUCCCCUCCCACAUCGCACCAUUUGCUUCUUCUUCUUCUUCUUCUCGUUCUUUCUCGUCGUCGCAUCCCGGUACGCUUAUGGAGGUCGUCAAGAAAGUUUAUAGGCAAGGGACUGCAGCUGCUGAUAGCAUUGCUAUCAGAGCUGAACAUAAAAGUUACAGUUACAAACAACUCAUCUCAUCUGCGUGGGAGAUAUCCGACCUGUUAUGUAACAGUGGCUUAGAAACCGCUGAUGGUGUAGGAGGAUGUAAACAUCUUGGUGGAGCUCGAAUCGGAAUCGUGGCUAAACCUUCAGCAGAGUUUGUUGCUGGGAUACUAGCAACUUGGUUUAGUGGAGGUGUUGCAGUUCCACUAGCACUCAGCUACCCAGAGACUGAGCUCUUACAUGUGAUGAAUGAUGCUGAGAUAUCUAUGGUACUUAGCACUGAAGAUCAUCAGGAGUUGAUGCAAAAUGUUGCUGAUAAAUGUGCUGCUCAAUUCUCUCUCAUUCCGUCUGUUCACAGAAUUUCUUCACAUGAAAGUGUACAUGAUCAUUCACAAGUUGAAGAAAUAGCUUUAGAAAAAGGUGACGAUCCAGCAUUAAUUAUCUACACAAGUGGAACUACAGGGAAACCUAAAGGCGCAGUUCACACACACAAAAGCAUCACUGCACAGGUUCAAACUUUGGCAGAAGCUUGGGAGUACUCAUCCACUGAUCAAUUUCUCAAUUGUUUACCGCUACAUCAUGUUCAUGGAUUUUUCAAUUCUCUAUUUGCCCCUAUCUAUGCAGGCUCCACGGUUGAGUUUAUGCCAAAAUUUAGUGUGAGGGGAAUCUGGCAAAGAUGGCGUGAAUCUUAUCCUCCUAAUGGGAGUAAGGCUGAUGAUGCUAUAACGGUGUUCACUGGGGUUCCAACAAUAUACUCUCGACUGAUUCAAGGUUAUGGAGCAAUGGACUCAGAUCAACAGGCAGCUUCUGCCUCUGCUGCAAGACAGUUGCGGCUGAUGAUGUCUGGCUCCUCUGCUCUCCCGCUUCCUGUCAUGCAAGAAUGGGAAGCCAUCACUGGCCAUCGCCUUUUGGAAAGAUAUGGCAUGACUGAGUUUGUCAUGGCAAUAUCAAAUCCCUUAAGAGGUGUGCGGAAGGCAGGGACUGUGGGUAAACCAUUUCCUGGGGUGCAGGUCAAAAUUGCAGAAGAUCAGAAUGAAAAUGAUACAACAGGCGUGGGUGAGCUCUGCAUCAGAAGUCCUUCCAUGUUUAAGGAAUAUUGGAAACUUCCUCAGGUAACUGAGGAUUCAUUUACUGAUGAUGGCUUCUUCAGGACUGGGGAUGCUGGUAAAAUAGAUGAAGAUGGUUACUACGUCAUUUUGGGACGUACAAGUGCAGAUAUCAUGAAAGUUGGGGGAUACAAAUUAUCUGCAUUAGAAAUUGAAUCGGCACUUUUGGAGCACCCAGUUGUUGCAGAAUGUUGCGUUUUGGGUUUGCCUGACAAAACCUAUGGAGAUGCUGUGUGUGCUAUAAUUGUGCCAGAGGACGCAGUAAAGAGAAAACAAGAGGAGUCAUCAAAGCCUGCUAUAAGCUUGGAAGAACUACGCGAGUGGGCUAAAGACAAACUUGCACCAUACAAGCUACCUACUCGAUUGUUUCUGUGGGAGUCACUGCCUCGUAAUGCUAUGGGAAAGGUAAACAAAAAGGAGUUGAAGAAAGUUCUUGCGGCUGAAUAAUAAAUUUGCUUGUUGUAAGGCCAAAGCAUUAGAUGUAUGGCGCAUUCCACACAUAUCUAUAUAGAGUUAGACUGAAAAAUGCAUUCAUCUGUCGUUGAAACACAGAUGAGACUAAAAAUAAAAUGAAAAGCAAUCAAUUGUUCAGGCUAUUGCAUUGCAUCUGUUGCUGGUGGUAGUUUAUAUGAUGUAGGUCGGGUUAGUGAGCAAUUAUGCUAUAUGCUAUUCUACCUUCUGUAGAGCCAAAAUCUCCCCAAGAACAUGUGUCUGGAUGAUAUUCAAUAAUCUAUCAAUAUAAUAUCCGAUCUAUUUACUACAA